UAUCAGAAAACAAAAAAUUUUCCGGUUAAUGUGUGAGGAGAACCAGAAUGGAGGAGACGGGCUUCCUCACAGUGGAGAAGAUAGACGGGAAGUCAACAGUCACUCGCUGCUUCUCCAAAUACCCUCUCAAGCUGAUCAUCCCCAACAAGGCCGGCUCUUCUACCACCGACGCAGUUUGGGUCUUCAGUCUAUCUUAUGGCGGCGGCAUCGUCUCGGGAGAUCGUGUAGUUGUUGGGCUGAGUGUUGGUGAUGGGUGCACUGUUGCUCUGACAACUCAGGCUUCAACCAAGGUAUACAAGUCUGUUGACUCCAAAUGCAGUGAGCAAGUCCUAGAGGCUAAAGUCGGGAGGAACGCAUUAUUGGCUGUUAUUCCAGAUCCUGUUACUUGCUUCUCAGCAGCAAUAUACUCUCAAAAACAGGUAUUCCGGAUCUCUUCUGAUUCAAAUUUGGUAGUAGUGGAUUGGAUUACUAGUGGACGACAUGAGAGCGGGGAAAAAUGGGACUUUGUGUUUUACAAGAGCAGCAAUAACAUAUUUUUGGAUGGGGGUGAACCUCUAUUUGUUGAUUCGGUCUUACUUGAGCAGACAUCAACUACUAGCGUUGCUGAACGCAUGAAAGAUUACCAAGUUGUGGCAAUGGUUAUUAUCUUGGGGCCCAAGCUGAAACACCUUCAGGAUCUGAUACAAAGUGAAGUCGAGCAUAUGAUGACAGGAAAUUUCCGCCCAACUAAAGUGCAAAAAAUGAGUUCAGAGUCGUCUGCAAAUGGGCCAUCUAGGCCUCCAAUUUUUGCUUCUUGCAGUUCCUUCGGGGCUAAGGCAGGUGUUGUCGUUCGACUUUUGUCAACAACAACAGAGGCUGUUUAUGCAUUUUUAAGACAUCAUCUUAGUGGCCUGGAGCAGUUUCUUGGGGCACCUCCUUACCGCAGAUAGAUGAAGCUGCUGCAAGUAUCCUUUAGUUACAUUGAACUCUCUGACUAGAAGCCUGAAAAUCGAUGGAUAUUUUAGAGCUGAAAUGAAACAUUCAUUUUCAAUCAGUUUGAUAUUUGUUACAUGAUUUAUACAACAUCAAUUGCUCUAUCCUGAAGCCAACACGUUGCAGCGAGCAUCGAGUUAAGAACAAGGACAAAAAGCUUGAAAUCAGGCAGGUACGGUUGAUCAUGGGAAGUGUUCCAUGCAUUUAUCAAUUAUUUUUUUGAGUUGAUUCCUUGUGAUGCAUUGUCAUUUACUAUUGAAAGUUAAUGGCCGACAACUUCAGUAAUCUUCUGCAUUAUUUAUCGUUUUAUCGUACUCAAUUCUCAGAUAUUUUAAGUUAUUGCAAUGGACAAUAAUGCCUAUGUGAAAGCUACCAUUCUUGAAUUUUUCUGAAACAAUAUCUUUGAGA